AUGGGACGACAGGGUUGGGGGGGGGGGGGGGGGGCAGAGAGGGCUCUGGAGAUUGCUGCCAUUGCCAUUACUGUGCUGAUUGAUUGUCUUCGUCUUGCUCUGCUCUGCUCUGUUCUGCUCUGCUCUGAGCUUGGCUUCGUUAUGUCGAGUCUUCCCCAUCCUGCCCCAGCUCAGGCGCCGGAGCCCGCUGGCUCUCCCAAGUUCUGUCUUCAGUAUGAAAAAUUGCAGUCGUCCAGCUUUGUCACGUCCGCCGUUGUGGCCAGAUUCACUGAUGUCCUGGUUCCCCAGCUCGUAGUCUUCAAAGAGGUGACCAUGGAGGUAUGGGAGGUUGAGGAGACUCGACAGUCAAAGGUGUUCAGUACAGUGCUUGAGAGACCAGUCACUCAUUGCUGUGUGCUUGAAACUUCGAAAGUCAUCGCCACCUUUCAAGGAGCGCCUUCGGCAUUUUUGCAUCUUGAUCUCCUCCUGGUGACUGAUGGUCUGGGAGCAUUCACAAUCUGUCAAUGGAAUGAGAUUUUGUUAGAGGUGCAAGAAUCAGGGCGAGCAAACGUUCAAUUCAGUUCCGAACUUCAAUCAGCAUCCGCAGUAUUGCCAAGUACACCUCUGUUCUCUUGUCCAUUGUAUCUUCCUAGAAGAGCAUCCUGGGAAAGGAGGCCUUUGGCUAGCGAAGCACAGAUUGACACAACAGAGGCCAAUGAUUGUUGUCUUGGUCGUGAGGUUGCAGGAAUUGCUGUUAUAGCCGUGAGCUUAUAUCAGGGCUUGCUUGGAAUAUUACAUGUGGAGUGGACUUCAACUUAUCCAAAUUUCCGGAAGGAGCUCUCAGUUUUGCCUUCAAAACCAAGUCUGGCACCGGAAAUCAACCUCCACUUUCUUCCUGUGCCGAUGGAAAACGCCAUUCACGGUCCCAUGGUUGCAUUUGUUAACCCUUGCGUCGUCCGAGACCUAGCCUUUUUAGGUUCGGAUGAAGGAGCUGGCUAUGGAGCUUGGGAUGUCAAGAAUCGCUUACUUCUGUUGUUAUUAACUUCUGAACAGGGCUUGUUUUAUCACAGUCUGCGGUUGCAGUGCAUGGCUCUGAAUCUAUCCCCCUUUCAGCUUCGACCUGGUCCGUGGGAGAUCAGGAAUUUGAAUCCCAGCACAUCGCUCAUAGUGCCCUGGUCUUUUGUGGGGAAUCUUGAAGAUUUUGUUGGAUCCAAGAGUAACUACGUAGAGACGGGCUUUAAUCCUGGAGCCGGGGUUCUGGCGAUAUCCAGCGCUGGUGUGAUGUUUGUUGAAGCCAGUGGACGAAGAGCUUUGUUACCUCUACACCUGGAUGGAUUUCCAACUUGCUGGACUAGACUUCCUCAAAACUGCUUGGUACUAGGCGAUGCCACUGGGGCACUCAACGUAUUUGACCUCAGAAGCUGGGCUCCUAAUAUAAUUUCUAAAAUUGUUCUAAAUACUCCGCUGGCUCCUAUAAGAUUGCUACUGCGUGUGUUGAGCAUAAAAGCUUCCGGUACACAGUGUUCCUAUGAUAGUAUUAUUUUCGUUACUGGUCAGGCCGGAGAUUCACAGUUGGUAAAAGUAAUCCGCACCUCUGGAGAACCAACCGAAGGUUUUCCUUUGAAGUGCGGAGGUGAAUGGUCUGGGAAGAAUUUGGUGGUUGAGUCGAGUGCAUUUUUAGAUAGUCUUGCCCCUGUAAGAGAUGUCAUCUUUAUUAAAGAGGCAAUUCAUUGUCCAGACCCAUUUCUUCUCUUAGCAUGUGGAAGUGCGCCAUCAUCUACGGUACGCAAGGGGAGUCUCAUGUCAACCUAUCACGUUGACACCAUUAUAGAAGCUAAUUUGCGCGGACUGCCUCAGCUGAUACCUUUUCAUGAAAUUUGGGGAUUAGAGUUUCACACACACAUAUUGGUUUCAUAUCCAAUUGCACAUGUGAGUGAGGUAGUGACGAUCAACGGCACCAAGACUGAAGACCACUUUAUGGAGGGACUGGAGCGAAGUAGAUGCACAUUGGCAUUUUCAAUUAUGCCAGGUGGUUGGUUCAUCCAGAUUACGGAAAGAUCUCUUAGAGUUCUGGGAAACGAUUCUAAUUCAAGUAAAUUGCGAGCCGAGUGGAAACUCCCUUUCCCAGCUUCUGAUUCACAACGUGAUCUCAGAUAUUCUGGAAUGAUUAAUCACGCUGUUCUUACAGCUGAGGGAGCCUUACUGGUGAGUGGAGAGGCUGUUCACAGUGUGCAAACAGAUUGCUUUGGAUUGCCGCACACUACCGCUAUUUCGAACAGACCCCAUCAGGUGUCGGCGCUUGGGUUGUGUCAUGUAGGAGAUUCUUCCUCUCACACAUUCGAUGAUGAGCUUGUGGUGAUUAUUGCACAAUGGACUUCCAACACAGUUCAUUUACUCUCAUGGCCAAGCCUGGAGGAGAUCGUUACAAUGGACGCUUGGACAGCGCCAGUUCUCUCAGUUACAGUGGGACGCCUUGCGAUGAAAAAUUAUCUUUUCGCCGGUACUGCAAAUGGUAACCUUUUGUACUACACACUCUCGUGCUCGAAGGAAAGCUCAAACGCAGGAGCGAAUUUGGAAGUUCCCAAAUUGGAAAUUCCCUCUCCAACUGUGGACGUAGAUGUAGGACAGAGUCAGAGAACGCCUAGGAGGAUAAGAAAUAUGGGUAUGAUUUCUUCAAAUCUAGAGGCGUCUAGUUUGCCUAAGGAAGGCGUGCCGUUUAUGCUGCCUCAAUAUACGCUUCGAAAUGGACGAGUCCUUAGAGUAGGCUCAAGCAUAACCUACAUGAAGUUUGGGUGCUUCUAUGGUAGAGGAGAGGGAGGUGUGCUCAACCCUGAGAAAUCAAAUUCAGAGAGUAACGACGAGAGCCUAUAUAUCUGGAGUGAACGGAGUUUAGUACUGCUUCCGCAAGAAGAUUUUCGGGUUGUAGUUUUGCAAUGCCAGUCUCAACCUGUUCCAAAAUCAACAAGAGUGCACACAAGGGAGAACCCACACAGUCUUGUAGCAGUAACCUCAGACGGGAAAAUAUUAUGUGGGCACCUGGAUUCCUCUUCCAAGUUGGGAUGGCAAGUGUUGAAGGUAGAGGGCAAUGCAGUCCAGCUAGCUCAUCAUAGAAGCAGUGGCUGCAUUGUAUUUACUACAAUUGACGGCGUUUCAUCAUAUCUUAAUUUUGUGCACGAGGUGUCGAUGCUACAAUUGUUGAUGGUGGAGUUGGAGUGCAAUCACCUCCCAAAUGUGCUGACUACUUUGAAGAUGCCUUAUACCAUAUGCAGCCAGGAUGCAAAAUCAGUGGAAUGCUUGGUAGUUUCAAUACAGACGUUGGAUGAGCAGAAAAUAAAUGGUCUCCUUUCUUUCUUUGACGUUCAUGUCAAUUAUACUGGUUUGGAGGUUAAAUAUGAACUGCGAUUGUUGGGCUCGCACCAUAUGGAAGAACCUUGUCAUUCUUUAUGCAUGGUGGAUCCUUUUAGCGAGACUUUUCUCCCCUGCUCCUGCACCAUGUGUAGUUUGAAAACAUUGCCUGUUGAUGAUUCCUGGUUACGAGACGUGUUGCAAUGUCUGGAGCAUGCAAGCAAACACUGGAGCCAGUGUUGCGGUGACCAAAGCAGUGACCCUGGUGGACUUCAGAAGAGUGCAGAUGGGUCUAGAGGGCCUUUGCUGGCUUUGGGUUUUCAUGGAAAGGUUGAGCUUGUCUACGCUUUUGUCGGAGCCUCUGAGGCAUGCAUGCUAGUAGUGCCUCGUGUCGCAGCCACUUUGGACGCACCCUUCCUACCUUCUCCUGGAACACAUAAAGAGUUUGACAGGAUGAUUGAUAGUUCGGACGAUACAGAGGAGAGAUCACCAAAAAGCAAGCAAGAAGUUCAAAAAGCUCUCUCAAUGCAUUGUGAGUUAGCCAGCUCAUGGGCCUCCAGUUCCCGAAUCAAUAUACAGAAGUUGGAGUCCUUUGCCACUCCAGGGGAAAGCUGCGUCACCGCUUUGAUUCCAUUAUCCAAAGGAACCAUACUGGUGGCAGAGAAGCUACAGGGUCUAAGUGUGUUUGAAAUACUUGCUGAUGGUUCGGAAAUCGUGCAACUCUCUUGGCAACCCUGUGCUUACCCUCUGAAAGCUGUGAUUCCUUUGUCUGAUGACUUAUAUAUGUUGUCAAUGCAUGGAAUCGGAUGUCAACUGAUGGAGCGUGACUACCCAGCAGAAGCAGCAUACUUGGUCCAAGAGAGAUUGCGCAGGGACUUGGAGAAUGAGCUGCUGAGUACGUCAGAACAAGUUCACGACGGAACACCACAGAGUACCAGAUUGUUGGAACUGCAGCGCUAUUUAGUUACUGGGUUACCUCGUCUCAAGCAUGUUACUCCGGCUUCUUGGACAUCUCCAGCUUGCUACUUAUCUUGUGGAUCGCUGAGCCUUGAAAGCAUCCCACUUCCAAGGAUGGAGACCAUAAGUACAAUGGUUCAAACAAUAGCCACAGUUACAGCAACUGGAGAGCUGCAGGUUGGAGUUAUCACAGUAUCCAAGAUUUCUCCGUCAAGAUGCUCUUCAUGGAACUCAUGAUUGAACAAGCAUCGACCUUGGUUGAAAGCAUUGUUCCCUGGCCCAGGGUUGAAAAAUGCCCAUCACAUUCCAUCAUACGACCUGUGUCAAGAGUGGAGUGCAACUGUAGCCUACUGUCAAAUAAGGAUUUUUCUUCUUAAUUGUUAUUCCUAACAAAUUGAUUAUUAAACUCUAAUUUUCCAUUUUUACUUCAUUUGUUUACUUUAUUGUUUUAAAUACUAGGAUUUAAGAUUUUAACAAGAUUUAUGAUUACUUUAGUCUUAUUUCUAUAUAUAUAUAUAUUUUUCCUUACCACAAGACUUGUGGUGCAAA